AUGGCGCCCCCAACGGGUCCCCGUGGCAGCAGCAGCCGCGGCGGUCGAUCGAAUCCGAGAGGCUCGCGCGGUGGCGGCAUUGCGAAGCGACGGGGAACGCCGCGCACCGAUAGGGAUGGCGAUGUCUCGAUGGACGCUACAGCCGCCAACAAUCCACCCUCAGGUCCAGCUAGGGGUUCGACUCGUGGCACCCGUGGCUCUCGAGGCGGCAGGGGAGCCCGGGCGUCUACUCGACUUGCUCAGAAUGUCCGCAAUUUUGUCUCGGAACAAGAUGGAGUCAGCCGCGGCGAGAAACCACAGUCCAACCGAGCGACACUAAAAAUAUACGGCCUUAAAGACAGCAAAGCCGCUAACAACUCGGACGGCGGCCUUCGCUCACUUCUCGACUUUCUUGAGCGCAAAUCUUCCAAAGAGCGACCCAUCACCCUCGGAAGGGGUACUAUUUCUGGCGAUGUAGUGUGGCUCAAAGUCAACCGAGCCGACACGCCCCACCUCCUGCGAUUGAAUGGCUAUACCUACGCCGGUGCGCCCUUGACAAUCGAAGAGACCAGCGAGCCGAUCCCCGGGCGGGGAAACCAACCGACUGAUGGCGCCGAUUCGAAGCCCUCGGAAACAAAAGACAAGCUGCUGGUGGUCCUUGCUUCGCGGUACAACCCCGAGCAAAAGCUGCUAGAUCUUUCCGCGCUUGGAGCCGACCAGACCUUGUUCAGCCUUGGAGCCUUUGAAUCCAAGGCGCUGGCAGAAAAAUCUUUCAAGGCGCUCAUGCGCCUUACGACUACACAUUACGGCAGCGACGCGGAGAAGGAAGCAGGCAUACAAGCUGUCACGGUUGCCAACAACGAUAUCCACGAUGUCGGCGAAAUUUUCACUCUCGCACAUACCUUCCCCCGGUUGCGUCGACUCGACCUAAGCGGCAACAAGCUAGAAGACCUGUCUAAGAUCUCCAAAUGGCGCCACGAGUUCCGCCGCUUAGAGGAGCUUCACCUUGUCGGAAAUCCUGUCACCAAUUUACCAACCUACCCAACCCAGAUGGUCGAUUGGUUCCCGAGUCUUCAAAUCCUCGAUGGACGCCGCGUUAGGACGCCGGAGGAGGCGGCGGUGGCUCUGAAGUCGUGGUUUCCCACACCGCUGCCACAUUUGCCAUCUAACCUCCGAGAUGGUGGCAACAACGUGGCCGCGACUUUUCUCCGCAGUUUCUUCUCCGCUUACGACCAGGACCGGCUCGCGCUUGCUCGGCAGUUCUACGAUGACGAUUCAAUUUUCUCACUGAGCGCGGGCAGUGAGUCCACUUCAAGCCCGUACCACAACUUCUCCAGGAAUCUGGAAACCAUCGGCAUUCGAAGCAAUUCCGCCCAGCAACGGUUGUUCACCGGGAUCAACCUGAUUGCUGAUCUCUGGGGUCGGCUCCCUGCCACGAGGCACGCAAACCUGGACCUAACCGACGAAUGGCAGAUUGACUGCCACACCUUUCCGAACCUGGCCGACCCGUCCGGGCAAGGCUCAGCCAUGGGUCUCGCGAUCACUGCUCACAGCCGGUUUGAAGAACUCGACCCCAGCCAGCAGCUCGUCGGUACGCGAAAAUUCACUCGGUCGUUUAUUCUUGGCCCUAGCAAACCGGGUGCUCCACACCCUUACCGGGUCGUUAGCGACCAACUCACCCUACGCGCCAGGGUGACCGAGCCGACCCCCAGUGCUUCCGCCGUUAUCCAGGCUCCUGCUGUCGUGCCGGUUCCGACUGCGCCCGCUCACGUUGCGCCGGCCGUGGCCGGUCCUGUUCUGGCACAGGCACCCCUGCUAGACGACACAAUCCGCGCCCAAAUGGUGGCCGAGUUGGCCCGGCAAACGGGAAUGACGGCGGAGUAUGCUCGGUUGUGCUUGGCUGGUGCUGCCAACUGGGAUUUUGAUUUGGCUCUUCGAUCGUUUCACGAGAAGAGAGGGGAGUUGCCGCCCGAGGCUUUUGUUCCCGGUGCAUAA